AUGAAUAAGAUCGUCGAUGUAGACGAGUACCAACACGCUCGGGCGGAGCUUCUCAAGCAAGAAAAAGAGGCUACCCAGUUAUUGCAAAAAUUAGCAGCCUCACGCCAAAAACUGCCCAUGGUAGAAAUCUCCGAUCCGGCUCAAUUCAAAUUUGAUACCCCCGGAGGAGAAAAAAGCCUAGUAGACCUUUUCGAUGGCCUUGACCAAUUGAUCAUCUACCAUUUCAUGCUCGGACCCGGAGAACAUAAAGGGUGUGUGGGGUGCUCAUUUUGUAUGGACCACAUUCCCGAUCUCGGACAUCUGCGGAGCCGGAAUACCUCUUUUGUUGCUGUUGCUACUGCUCCGUUAUCUGAGAUAACUACCUACCAAAACAAGAUGGGCUGGAGGUUUCCGUUCUAUAGUUCUGCUAAAGCUCAUCAGGCAUGGGAGAAAAUUGAGAAAAAUGGUGAGACGGUUACUUGGAAGCCUGGGAAUGGGUAUUUUGGUCUCUGCGUUUUCCGGAAAGAUGGCGAUCGGGUCUUCCAUACCUACGAUACUACGGAUCGUGGGUUGGAGAUCAUUCUGUCGACGUAUCAUUUGCUGGAUAUGACGCCGAUGGGUCGGCAGGAGGUUGGUAAUGGGAUGAAUGAGUUUAGACUCCAUGAUGAGUACUGA